AAGUGACAUUACAUGAAAUGGAAUCAAAAAAUGGCAAACACGUCAGUAUUGUCAAAAUUUGUUGUGUCAUGUCUUCAUUGUAUUAUUUUUGUUCUAUAUCAACAUUUGUGAAAUUGUGUAAAAUAUAAUACAAAUCUAAAAAAUAGUUUAUAACUGUGCCAGUAAACAAUAAAAAAAUAGUAUUAACUAUGCAUUGGUACGGGGGAAGUAUUGCCGAAGCGGUUGCAUUAUCAAAACAACGAAAUGCAAUUUUCGUCGUUUUUGUUGAAGGUGACAAUGAACAGUCAGCAGAAAUGUCUUCAACAAUUGACAAUGUAGCCGUUGAGAAGAGACUGUCGAAUUCUGAAAACUUCCUUGCCAUCAAGUUGAAGAGUGGAUCAAUAAAUUACACACAUUUUGCACAAAUUUAUCAGUUUGUGCCUGUUCCUUCGCUUUUCUUCAUCAAUAGAAAUGGAACACCAUUGGAGGUGGUCUGCGCAGGGGUUGAGGCCCAAAACCUUGCCACAAGGAUAGAUAGAAUAAUAGAAGAACAUAACAAAGAUAAGAAGGGAAAUGUCCAACCGUCUACAUCUGGACAGAGUCUGAAACAACAGACAGCUAAUUUGAUACAAGCAGAGGCGGGUAAUGCUGGAAAUGAGUCGGAAGCUGCACCAACGCCGCAACCAACGCGACCAUCCUCUACCGCUAGUUAUGAGGCAAAAAUAGCAACACCAUCAACUUCAGCAUCAUCAAUUGAUGCUGAACCAGAGACUUCAUCAGGUCCAGCGGCAAAGAUCCCCAAGACUGAGUUCCAUGAGGUGACCCGUUCAGGUCAGGAGUAUGAGGUGGUGUGUGAUGGUGACAUCUGCGUUAGGAAACCUAAGGAAAAACUAGAGGAGCCCGGACCUAGCACAAAAGAUACAACUGCUAACAAACCUGAAACUCCCGCCCCAACCCCAGUGAGUCCUGCCAGUUCUGACGAGAAAGUGGAGCGAGCCAAGGAGCUUAUAGAGGCUGUGAAGAAGGAGAAAUUGGAAAAAGAGAAAGAGGAGAGGCAAACAAGCAGCGGGAACACCGAGUUGGAGAAGCAGAAAGAGUUGGAACGUCGCGCACUCGGCCAGGGCGUGGCUGAGCUGAAGAAAUGGCAGGCAGAUCAAGAACUGAAACAAUUGCAGGAGGAGCGUAAACGUGAGAAGCUGGAGAACAAUCUAGCUCGACAGCGUAUUCUGGAGCAGAUAGCACAGGAUCGUGCGGAGAGGCGCGCUCGCGACCAGCCGUCCCCGCAGGCCCCGCAGCCGCCGCACACCUCGCAGCCCCCGCCCCCGACCUCUACCGUAGGCGAUGGCGGGUCACGUGCGCGCGUGCAGUUCAAGAUGGCGGACGGCAACGCGCACACAGCGCACUUUGAUGUCGACACUACGCUGCUCGAGCUCCGGCGAUAUGUCGCCACCAAUUUACAAUUGCGUCAGUCGGAGUUCUCCCUGUGGACGGCGUUCCCACGUCAGGAAUUGACAGAGGAGGGGUCCACGCUGCGUCAGCUGCGGCUCGCGCCCUCCGCCGCGCUGCUCGUGCUGCCUCGUCGCGUGCCAGCCACCAUCGCCACGCCUUCUACAUUCUCUAACAUUAUCUCAUUCUUGACGCAACUGUUCACAUCGCUGAUACUGGAGCCAUCGCAGCAGUUGUACGCGUGGCUGCGCGCCCGCAUCGCCCCCGCCACCCCGCCGCCCGCACGCGCCCGCGCCCGCGCCUCCCCCGCACCCAGCCCCGCCGCGCCCGCACCCCCGCAACCCCCGCACGUGCCCAGCGUUCGUCGCCGCGGCAACAUACACCGUCUCGCCGGCGACGCCAACAACGAUGACGACAACAACACUUGGAAUGGAAACUCCACGCAGCAGAUGUAACUGCAUAAUUUAUUCAUAUUUAUUAUAUUUGUAAGGUGUUUCGGGACCCUGCUAUUUUAUUUCAUUCCAAAUCACUGCAAAAUAAUAUGAAUAUGACGUCAUAGUUCGUCAAAGCACACAAAAUAGUAGCAUCAACAGCGAUCGAAUCUUAGCACUAUGACGUCAUAGCUUGUACAUUCAGGCACACAAUUUAUUAAGCACAUUGUCUUAGUGUAGAUUCGAAAUCAGCUACUAAGUAUCAUGUUAUUGUGUACGCAUGUUUUCCUGUCCUUCAUGUUUUAUUAUUUUUAUUCCCUCACAAAAACACAUUAAACUUGUUAUUCCGCUAAUGCUUUUAAUGUAAAAUUAUAUGUAUAAAUGUCUAUUUAUUAUAAAUUAUUCUAAUUAGAAAUAUAUCAAAUUUUAUGUGUAUGCAUUUACGCAAACAAUUAUAUUUCCUUUUAAAAACUUCUUAAUCAAAAAUUUUGCUUAAUGAAAUGUACAGUACUAGAUAUUUAAAUUGGCACGUAAUUCAGAACAGUACACUUGUUUCUGACGUGCCAACUCUGUUGGGUACUUUUCUUAAUAUCAAUGUAAAAUUAUAAUUAUAAAGAAUGCUUUACAAGUUCCUUUGCUAAUAAUAAAAAAAAGUAUAUAAUCAUAUAAAAAUAAUAACGAUAUGAAUAAUUAUUGUAUCACUUUUAAAAGUGACGUAGACAUUAAAAUCUAGUCUAAUUUCUAGCCAUUUUUAAAUGUGCUCUUCGGAAACUUUGAUGUCGUCAUAAAUCACUUAUAUUAAUCAAUGACGUAGUGAUAUCACAUUGAAAUAAAUAGCACCUGUUUCUAGAAUAGUUAUAAACUAUUUGUAACUUUCACGUUGUUUAUUCGUGAAUAAAUGUAAAAUAAAUAUGUUAUAUGUAA